AUUUGUUCUAUGUUGUGCAUAGUUGUAGAUUGAAACAAACAUACGGCUGUCUGGUUUAUAUAUAAACUCCACUAACAAUGUGUUAUUUAAAAGACAUGAACUACAUAUCAGUUUUCAUUAAUGCCAUUGUUGUAGCACUAAUGGCCAUGUACGUAUACCAGAACGAAAGAAGAAUGGAGGAAAUGGCUGCCAAGCAUAAUCAAACAGAUGGAUAUUAUUUACGGAUGUUAAAAAGAAUAGAAUCAAAGUUAGAUGAUAACACUGCACUACUGCAACAAAUAUUCAGUGGACUUCCAAAAGAUAACAGUACUAGCAUUUUAAUGGAGGUUGCUCAUGGAAAACCAGCUGAACAAAGUUCAGUCUAUGGAGCUUUGUAUUCUGCAUCAAGAGCUGUUGAUGGAAAUGUGAACACAUUUAUGCACACAAACAUAGAGAAAUCCCCUUAUUGGAUGGUUGACUUUGGCAAAACUUAUCAAGUAAAGCGGAUUGAAAUCUUCAACAUAAAUGAUGGAGCUAAAUCGACAGGAGAACGUCUUCAUGAUUUGGACAUUACUGUUGGCCCAUCACAUAAUAAAAUGCAACUAUGUGCCCAUUACGUUGGACCGGCACAAGUUGGAUCUCAUCUCCUAUUUGAAUGUUUCCAUGAAAAUGCACGUUACGUAAAACUGAUGAUAAAAGGUACAGAAUGCUUGCAUGUUGCAGAGGUCAAAAUAUAUGCAGUUGAUGACAGAUCUAGCUGAAUAUGAUCUAGAAAUCCAAAGAACGGCGAAGCUGCAUUUUAGAAAAAAUAGUUUAUGCAUUGGAGUGUAGAAGUGUGAAAUAAAAUAAUUUCAUCUU